CGCCGACUUGGAGUAGACACGUUGAAGAAUAAGAGGGUGCUAUUGGUAAUAGUGUCAGGCACAAAUGUUUCUGAAGCUGGAUUUCUCUCCCGUCAGUUGUCCAAAUUACAAACUAACAAUGUUUGGACCAUUUGGAUUCCAAUAAUAGAUGAUCUUGAAUUUUGGAUAACUCAAAAAAUGCAAUCCCAUCUCAGAGAAAUAUUAGAGUUUGGAUUAAUGGUGCGGGAUCCACAUGAAAGGAUUACACCACAAUUCAUUAGAUUUGUUAAGGAGAAAUCCUUUCCAGCUUUUCUGAGUGGUGGGAACCCUAUUGUUAUUUCACUCGACAAUUGUGGAAAAUUAGUUCAUACUAAUGCACUACACAUGAUCUUGACAUGGAGAGAUGAUCUUGCAUUCAGUAGGGUGUUUGUUCGUAGGGGAUAUAAUAUCAUCCCUUUAUUAGAAAAGGGGCUGACGGAAAUAACUUUGGGGGUUGAUACUGCGAUUGUUGAUAUUAAGGAGAGGAUAAGCAAUUUGGUUGAAGACAUUAACCAAAAAAUUCAUGAUUGGAGAAAUAACAUUAACGAGAGGAUAGAAGAUUCGGAUUCUUCAUAUAAUUACACGAAUAAAAAAGAAAAAGAGUUUUGGGAUGAGGAAACUUAUUGGAAUCUGGAAGUAUUGGUACGCAAGACGAGACAAUGGAGUGAAUUUGACAUAGAUAACAAGAUAACAUAUUGGAUUAAAAAGAGAAAUGACAUUUUCUUAUGUGGAGGGAAUGACAGCAAAUGUGCUCAAGAAUUUGCAACUAAAGUAAAGGAAGUUAAUUUCAAAACUCAAUUGGAUAUCAAAUUCACAUACAUUGGGAAAAACAUGAAAGUAAUGUCACUUAUAGGAAGUAUAAGUGAUUAUGUCUUUAGUUCUAAUGAAGAAUAUUUUUGGUUUUGGACACGACUUCAGAGUGCAUUUGUGUCGAGGAUGAAUUAUUAUUUAAAUAAGACUGGUCGUGAUGAUGGUGAUGACAAAAUUGUUCGAGGACUCCAAAAGUUACUAGCUUAUGAAGCUAAUGGCACAUCAGUUGGAGGAUGGGUUUUGUUAAGCAAAGGGGAAGAAGUGGUUUUGUGUGAUUUUGGAGACAAAAUGUUGAAAGUGAUUAGUGGGAUUCAAGAAUGGAAGAGCAAUGUGUACAAUGAUGGUUUCAGCCAAGCAUUCAAAGAUUAUUAUGAGAACCAUGCUUCUUCCUCUCAAGGUUACCAUGCUUAUUGCGCCCUUGAAUAUCCAUAUACUUUGGAUAAAAUUCCAGAAGAUGUGAAUUGUCCUCAAUGUUCUUACAAUAUGCAUAAAUAUGUGACUUUCACAUGUUGUCAUGACCAUGACAUAUGGAAUUGAAUUCCACGACCUCUGAAUUAUAUAUUACAAUAUAAU